GGUAAAUUGAUGUUGUAUUAAUGUAGAAAUUAUUAUUUCUCAUGAAAACUAUGAGUUUUAAUUUUUUACCCUCAUUUCCCAAUCAUACAAAGGCAGUUAAUUCCCUCAAAAAUUAGCGUUAAAGAUAUUAUUAAAAUUUAAUAUUUAAUUUCAGAUGAGUAAAGAUGUUGAAUCAUCUGAUUUACAGUUGAGAUUACUUAAGAGUAAAGUAACUUAUAAUGAGAAAUUUACCCUUUCCGGCUUGGAACUGGUGAUUAAGAAUUUGGAAACCUAUGAAGAAUAUCUGAAGGUUCGUCCACUCGUAGAACAAGUUUCAAGAUCACACAUCUAUCACUCCAAAGAAUACGUCGACAAUAUGCUCUCAAAUCCACUUUUUUACCCUUUUUUAAUACUACUCGAGUCAACAAAUAAAUCGGAUUCAACCAAUAAAUCAGAUUUAACAGAUGAAUCAGAUUCAACAAAUAAAUCAGAUUUAACAGAUGAAUCGGAUUCACUGGUGAAUGAUUUGGAGGCGGUUGGAUAUUUUGAGAUAUAUUUAAUGCCGCAUUUGGGAAGAUUAUUUGAUUCUCGGCUGGAACGAGUAAUCGUAGAUCCUCAAUAUAGAAACAAAGGCAUUUUCACUCAUAUGUUAUCUUUUAUAAUUGAUUUUUGUAAGUCAACUCUAAAGUGUAAUAGGAUAGAUUUAACCUCAAAUAACCCCGUCGCCGAACGCGUUUACAAAAGCUUCAAGUUCGACCCCGUAGAUACAAAUACUUACAGAAUAUAUCUUUAAUAUUUUACUUCCAAA